AUGCGAGGUGUCUUUUUGGUCCUGGCCAAGCCGGGCGUUGCCUGCGUCAUUUUUGGUCUGACCGUCGCGCUUAAUUUGCAUUACUCGAUGCGCGAAUUAACGCUGAUUUUCGUCUUGGCUCUCUACGCCUCCUGCCAAUGCAGCGAGGAGCUCGAGGGCUCUGGGAUUGAGUCUUUUGCUGAAACGGUUGAAGCUGCUGUCGAACCGCCGACUACAACGAUACUACCGGAUUAUGGAGUCCGACUUCGGGAACUCUUCGAGACGCGCAAAAAUCCUGCCUCGGAGAGACAACUGCGAGAACAGCUAGAUACCAUGGCAGACGAGGCAUAUUACGUCAACCUCUACUCCUGGAAGCCCAACCCAAGCAUCUUGCCACCACUCGACCAACUUCCCAGUCAAAUGCUCGCCAUUGCCAAUGCCGGGAAAUACCUACCUGGCCUUGACUUCGACAAGACCAAGCAGCUAUGGGAAUACUAUAACGUGACGGCUCCUCUGACUCCGGCGCCGAAGGUGCAACUGCUGCCCGAGGGGUAUCCGCUGACGAAUAUCCCGUAUUCUGUCGUGAGGAGCCUGCGCAACAACGAGAUGCCCGAUCUGAAUCUCCUCCCCGAGGACCUCAAGGAGCAUUUCAAGAGCCAGACCGAGCGCUACAUUGUGGCAUACAUGAAGGGGAAAGCUGACGAGGUGCCGAUGGAAGAUCUGAUGUCUAAAAUCCCGAUAUUUCCCCGUCCCGAUUUGCCGGCCUAUCCGGCUUAUGAGCUUGCCGACAUUCGACAGGAUCUCUAUCAGGCGGAGGCUGAAGUGAAGCGGGAGCGCCUAGCUUGGAUUCUAAUGAUGAUCGUUCUAUGCAGCAUGACGUUCACCUCUAUCAUGAUCAUCAUUUUCCUGACCAUCCGCACUCGAAGGCAAAAGCCUGAACCUGCACGCUCUCUACCUGGUAGCCCCGUGAAAGUUCACAUCGCCGCAUACCAAAAGAAGGAUCUGAUCGAGAUGGCU